GAUUUUGGACUUGUUAAUACCAGUUACUAACCGGGCUUGUGACACUGGACCAGACAAAGUGAGCCCUGUUUACUCGGCAGUGUUUGGAGGACGGGAAGAGUGCCUGGAAAUACUACUGCAGAAUGGCUACAGCCCAGAUGCACAAAUGUGCUUGGUUUUUGGAUUCACUUCCCCUCUGGGCGUGGCUUUGCAAAAGGACUGUGAGUUCCUUGGAAUUGUGAAUAUUCUUUUGAAAUAUGGAGCCCAGUUAAAUGAACUUCACUUGGCCUACUGCCUCAAGUAUGAGAAAUUUUCAAUGUUUUGCUCCUUUUUGAAGAAAGGUUGCCUGUUGGCUCCAUGGAAUCAUACCUCUGAGUUUAUAAGUUACGCAGUUAAAGCACAGAAAAACUAUAAAGCAUGGUUGCCGCAACUCCUGCUCACUGGAUUUGACCCGUUGACUCUGCUGUGCAGCAGCUCUUGGGUUGACUCAGUCAGCGAUGACAUUCUUAUCUUUACUUUGGAAUUUUCUAAUUGGAAGAGACUUCCAUCAGCUGUUGAGAAGAUGCUCUCUGCUCGUGCAAACUCCUCUUGGGCUCUUCAGCAACAUUUGG